AUGUUGAACUUAUUCAAAUCUAUAUUCUUUCAUGAAACCCUUAUACAAUCCCUUUCAGACGGAGUUCACGCUGUCGGCCAUAAUAAAUGCUACGAACAUUUCCUUGUCCCAUACUACGACGGUUUGAUGGGCAAUUGGGUACGCGUUCGUAUAGUCGAAGUGGCGAAAUUCCAUAUGCGAAGCGAGUUAUGUGAAAAGCCGUCAGAAAAAAGAAAUGAGCCUGUACUAACCGAUUGGACAGCAAAAAGCUUGGAUGACUGCAUACCCAUUGGUACUUUCAAAGCUGGAGAAAUGAUAACGCCCGUAGCGACGGUGGAGAAGUCACCGAUCGCCGUGAUCAUACUGGCCAUCCCAAUAGUGAUUGGUAUGAUUUUAUGGUAUUUUGUCGGGAUAUGA